GGCCUGCUCCCCGGCCAGGGCCGAAAACGACCUAGUGAGUCCCUCGCGGGCGAACCAGGACACAACAGAUAGUAGGCGGGUGGUGUCCCAAGGUGCAACUCACCGCCGCGCUGGCUCAGCGUGGCGGUGAGGAUGCACAGACGGUGGUAGUGGCGAGAGGUGUAUGUGGACACUGUUCCCGCGGCAGUAAUGCAAAGCGGCAAACUGCACCUGGCAACCACCGUCGCGGAAAGCGUCGCCCACGAAGCUGGCGGAGUAGAGAGAUUCGUAAACACCACGUCAGUAAGCACCGCUCGCGGGAGAAGGGAGACGACCGCGGGCACCGCGGGGAGGGAGUGCUGCACCCUCCUCGUCAAAACACCACAGGCAAGAACCGAGCUCUGCAGAGAUGGAUUCAUGCGAGGAAACUCGCCGCUCGGAAAAGACGGAAAAAAGCACACCCACAACGCGAGGUGGACCGAGAGAGACACGAGACCGCAGCGGCCGUCAAGGCGGCUGGGAAGAAGAAGGCACGAGAGGGCGACCUAUCGUUCGGCACGUUCAACGUACGCACGCUCGCCUACGGCGAUUUGUUCCGCGACCGGCUGUGAUGUGAUAGGACUUCAGGAGACCCGACGAGAGGGGCAAGGUUCAAUUGCACACGACGGGUACGUGAUCAUCUGGAGUGGCGCCCGUGCUGGCACCAAGGACAAGAGGGGCGUACACGGUGUGGGCAUAGCGAUCAAGGAGGCCAUGUGGGAGAGUGUGGGCGAGGAAGGUAGGACGGUGGAGUGCAUUAGCCCGAGGCUGAUGAAGGUUCGUCUACAAAGUGGCCGCACCUGCGGAGUAACUUUCGUGGUGGGGUACGCCCCAUCGGAAACUGUCCGCACCACCGCGGGCAGUGAUGUUAACGCCAUGGACUCCUUCUGGACUGCUCUCGACGCAGCGAUCCGGGAGGUUCACAGCCGUGACCAUCUCGUGGUGCUAAUGGACGCCAAUGCAGGCAGUGAUAGGAGGCGAGACGGGUGCUGCGAUGCCAAGAUUAUGGGCGCGUACGGGCGCGACAUUAUGAACCACAACGGGGAACGACUCCUUGGACUGGCGUCAGACAACCAACUCUCCCUGACCAACACCUACUUCCGGACACCGAAAGGUGGAGUGCAGCACACAUUCCAGAGCUCCAACAAGGGAAAGGAGAAGUACCGCCUCGACUUCAUCCUCAUGCGGCAGGCGGACCGGCGUUUCGUGCGCAAUGUCUCCGUCAAACGUGUCGACUUCAAAGACUCUGACCACAACCUCGUGCUUACGACUGUCCGCCUCCCCCCUCGUGUGGCACCAAAUCGACGAGUGCGGGGGAACAGCGGAAGCAGCCGGAUCCGUAUCAACCUCGAGCGGUUGAGGAAAGACAAACACGUACGGGACGCCUUCCAACACAGGGCCUCCAGCCGCCCUCCGCCCACGGCGCUCAGGCAGCCAACGGGAGAGACCGCCGCCGAGCUGACGGCUACGGUGAUGUCGGCCGCUGCUGAGACCGCGCCGCUGGCGAGGUGCGCACGAGGGCAGAGAGGCUGGUACACGAGCGAAGCGCAGCACGAGAUCUCUGAAGCGUCGAAGGAGUUGAGGCGGCCCAGCAGCAACUGCGUGGGGCCUCAAAGAACAGCGCCUGCGAGGCGACCCUGAAGGCGAUGCUCAAGGCGGCGAGGAAGAAGCGCAGCAUCGCGAG